AUGGUCGACACGGCACAUCGCGCGGAGUCCAGCGCCAAACUGCCGCAGCGGCACCUCGUCUUCCCGGAUCCCAUCGCCUUCAAGUUUCUCGAGAACGACCCAUGCGUGGAAGUGGUACACCGACGAAGCGUCCUCCGCGGCUAUGACCUGUAUCUCGUCGAACAGUGGGCCUGCUCGCGGCGGCCCCCGACUUUGGUCAUUGCUACCUACACCGGCAACGAAAAGGACUCCAUCGUCGUCGGGGUGCUGGCGGUGCCGGCAGACGAGAGCUUAUUGUCCGAGGAGGUCCGACUGUAUCUGAAAAAGACGGAGCAGAACCAUGCGCGACCGAAGAAUACCGAGCUCGGCGAGCUCAUGGUCACGAAUCUCAGCAGUUUCCCGUCUUCGCUCACCGUCAUUGCAGUGCCCGAGGGCGAUCUCCGACAAUACCGGAACCUGUUCAUCGUGAACGAAGACUUGAAGCGUCUAGGAUGCUCUGGGCGAUCUGGCCUCACGCUUACGGAACCCACUGAAGCGACUCAGUCCAAGUUUCAGCAGCUUUACCGAAUUAACGAUCGCGUGCCCUUGAAAGAGGCGGUGGUGGAGCUUGUCAAGCUUUGCCAGGUCGCCCUGUACAUGUUCGACAAGCUGGACCACGCCUAUAUCGACGGCCUGCUCUGCGAUGUUACCGAAAGGGCGAUUAGUAACUGGUGGACCGAGGUCGGGGCCGAGCACUACAACUACGAGCCGACAGAUGGGAUUCUCGGGCCAUCGACCGUCGCAGCCCUGCUGGGAAUGCUGAUGGGGGCGCGAAACCGACUGCACUGGCAAGGCGCUCCCGUUCCAAAGGAUGUCUUCGACCUCGAGGGUACCAAGCGCGGCAUUUCCUACUUUCAGAAGGCCCUGAAGCUGGAAAGAACACGACGGCUAGACCAGCAGACGCUUUUCAAGCUGCACACAGCAACCACCAAGGCGGCGGUCAAGGAGGACUGGGGUGUACAAAAGGCCAUCAAGUCGACAGUCACGGAAAUUGGAGGCAAACGCGGAGAGAUUGUCAUCGACAUGGUGUCUGGAAAAGACAAGGCUGGCCUUGCUGACAUCGAAACCGUCGACAUUGACAAGUUUGCCAGCUUGGUAUACGGCGAGCGGCCAAGGUGGCUUUGGCAUGGCAAGCCGCGCCGGACUCCGGUAGGCCAGCCUGAGCAGGAAGAUCAAGACGCGGCUUCACCACCAUCAAAGGCGGAGGCAGCCAACCAGCCUGGAAAGCGGACCCAUUCCUUACCAGUAGAGGACGACUUGGAGAUGAAGCGGAAGGACGAACUGCUCUCCCCAGAUGCUGGAAACGCUAUACGCCCUACCAUGAGCAUGAUGGAGGGCCCGGUAGAGAGAGAUGCUUUGCACAAGACUGUCUUCAAGAGCGUUGCCGGAAAAAUGAGCGACGCUCGAUCAGGCUUUGGACGCUUCAAAGAGGCAGUUGGGGCCAGAGGAAGAGGCCAUGGCACGCGCCUGUCCAUUUCGACCAAGGAGGAUGUUCUGGAGAACGGGAACGCCAACGGAUAUCAGAACUUGAGCAUCCCGCCAAGCCCCGCUGCCGCGGUCAGCCGGGCGUUUACCUGGAAAACGAAGCCGGAGGAGUAUUUAUCGGCUAUCAGACGGGGAGAUCCUGACGCUCUACCUGGGUUUGCAGCGGUGUCCUCGCCUUCGUCUACAGCGGACCUCAAAGGUGCAUACGAGAGGCGGCCGAGAGAUUCGGACAGAUCUCUGGAUGUUCUCGGCCCCGACGUGCACAAACUGUCCCACCAGAGAACGACUUCGGCCGUGCCGUCCAUUGCUGAGAGCGACGUGGAAGCGAUCUGCCCCCAGAUCAGGGAAAGGUCCGAUCCGCGGCAGCUGGCGCUAUCAAGACGUCACAGCUGUGACGUAGCAGAGGUGUGCACGAAGCGGGAGCUCAACGAAAACCGGUGGGCGCGCCGUAUGUCAUUUGGCGACGCCGAAGAAGCCGUGCUGUCAUGGGACGAACUCGUCGACCUUAUGGACGAAACAGAGGAUGAAGACGAGGCUGAAGCUCGAGCGGUGAGCGCUCGCCGCCUCGCACAAUACAUCGAAGGCAUCGUGCAAGGCAUCGAGCCCUGGGUCAAGGAAAAGAUUAAGCUUCUGCAGCUUCUUGACGACAAAUACGGCAGAGACAAGGCAGAAAUACAAAACCUGCAUCAUCAAUUCAGCGAGAUAUAUCACCGAGUCAAGUACAGCUCAGACGAGAUGCUAGCCGAGGAGCGUGCCAGCCUGACUGAAAGCGUCAAGGAGAUUGAAAUCCUCGUGGCACGCCUCGAUUACGAGAUCAAUGCGCUGGUCCAGAAAAUCAACGACGUGGAAGACGGCAUCCAGAACUUUGAAAGGCAGGUCGAAGACGUCGAGAGGCGAGCAGAGGAAUUGAAAAAGCAGCUUGAAACGGAGAGUUGGCUGCAUUGGUUUGUGAGGACUCUGACUGGCGUGGGCACCGGCCCUCACAUCACCCGGUCCGCUGAAUCACGAUGACGCGCGUGAGAAGUCUGUAUGCUUUAACCCCCGUCUGUCGAUGCUUCCUCUGUUGCUCUAUCAACUUUAAUCGUCAUCUUCUGAGAAAAAACUGGGCUGGAGUUGGAAAAACACCUGAUUCAUACAUAUGGGGAUACACGGGAACCGGCGUUUUAUACCUAGUCUUCUCUGUCAUACUUUUUUGUCUUUCUUGCAAGAGGAUAGAUACCAAUUGGCAGAGAGGAUGUUUGAUUGCAGCCUCGUCAUCAUAACGGGCGAUUAUCUGUUUGGUAGCUUUAUACAUCUUUGACAUGGUAUCGUG